UUAACCAUUUUCGAUAUAAGUUCGAAAUGUUUUUUACUUUAUUUUUUCUAGAGAAAUUUUUUUUUCUCUAAACUUAUCCAAAUAGAUUCUCAUUAUAUAACCAUAUAAUUAAUGCUAUAAAGUGAUUCAAGACCAUUCUAUAUAUAUAUUUCCUGCAGAAUAACCAGCUUCAGAGCAAGACACAACAUCGCCAACAUUCACCGUGGCCAUGGAUUCAGAUUCCCAUGCUUUGUCAGAGUCUUGGACAAUAGGGGAGAGGGUGUGUGCGGCGUUGAUGCCAUUCAUAGCGGUGGUUGAGGUUCUGAUGUUGGCUGUGACAGGAUGCUUCAGCAUUAUUCAGAACCAUAAACGUGCCUACACUGCUAAGGAUUUUGCAAGCCUCGCUCAUCAAACCAGAUUCACAGUUAAUGAAGUGGAAGCAUUGCAUGUGCUGUUUAAAAGGUUAAGUAGCACCCUAAUUGAUGAUGGCUUGCGUCACAGAAAAAUACUUUUAAAAAUAGAUAUUUAA